GUCAAAAUCAAUGGCGGAGCCUUUUCCCAAUCUUAUUAUUGGGAUGCGGUUUGUGCCAAGAGAUUACGAACUUAUCUUGCUCUUGGAGGAAAGAUAUAACCAGGGUUACGUAAUUCCACAUAAACUUAAUGGUGUUAUCAUUGACGAAAGUGUUUAUAGUACUGAACCGUGGAAGCUUAAAAGGGAUAUUUCAUAUAAACUCGAGAAUGAAAUGUAUUAUUUCACUAUGGCGAAGCGCAAAAGUCGAGGGAAGAAAAACAGUAUAUUGGAAAGAAGUGCCGGCAAUGGUUAUUGGCACAUGAAUGGCCAAAAUAUUCCAAUAAAAUUCAUGAAUGCAGUUAUUGGUCAAAAGACAGCGUUGAAGUAUUAUCAUUACGAUGAAAAUAAAAGAGGAGUGCAAACCAAGUGGAUUAUGAAUGAGUACCGAAUCAAAUUAUUCGUUGAAAGUUACGAUAUGGAAGAAGAGAUGGUGCUGUGCCGUAUUCAGAAGACAAAGACAGGGAAUGAAGUAGAAGGGGAAAUUUAUGUUGAUAAAAAUCACUCAUCUCUUAUUACUAAUGCUCAUCAUCAAGAAGAAAUGCCUCAAGUUCCAGUUUCAUCAGUUCCUUUUGAAGCUUUUGAGAAGCCAGAAUCAAAGAGGUUGAGGAGGGACAACAGUACUUAUAAUGGCACUCAAUAUUGCAGCACAAGCACUGCAGGAAUGGCACCACCAGCAGCAGCAACUCCUGGUUACCAACAGUAUCAGUAUCAACAAUGUUACAACAACUCCACAGGUGUGCCUGAUCAUUAUAAUCAUCAGCAGCAGGAGCAACAACAUCAGCAGCAACAACAACAACAACAUGACCUUUCCAAUGCCUGUGCACUUGUUGCACCGCCAUCAAGUUCAAUGAGACCUGAAGACAAUGAAGAUGAUGAUAAUAAUGAAUUUUUGAGAACGAUAAACCAAUUCAAAAAAUUCACCUGA